AUGGCAGCAACACAUGCUACGCUUGUGCGCAAGCAGACACGCGAUGUUAAAGACUUGGCACACUUACCUAUGGUUGUUUCCUUAGACGGCCUGUAUCUUGACGUUCCAGUCGUCGUUGCUGCAGCGCGCCACGGACUCGUUCCUUGCGUGAAGGAUGACCCAGAAAUUCGACACCGAAUACGCCAGAGUCUCGAAGUCCUCGAGCACCAUGUCGAAAACGGCUGGAUCGUGUACGGCGUCAACACGGGCUUUGGCGGUAGCGCCGACUCACGGACGGAACAGCUCAAGAAACUACAAAUUUCUCUGCUCCAACACACCCAAAGCGCCAUCAUCGCCUCCUCUGACCUGGGAGAUGGUCAAGUUGAUCAAGACGGGCAGUCUCACGUCAUUCCGACGGCUUGGGUGAAGGCCGCCAUCGUCAUCAGGGCGAACCAAAACCUCCGCGGACAUAGUGCUGUCAGGGUGGAGGUUAUCGAGACUCUCCUCAGCCUUCUCCGUCACGACAUCACGCCAUUGAUUCCCUUGCGAGGGACCAUUUCGGCAUCCGGGGACUUGAUGCCCCUAUCUUACAUCGCGGGGACUCUAAUCGGAGACCCCAAUAUUUCCGUCACCAUUGGAUCAGGCACUAGCAGAAGAGUUAUGUCUGCCCGUGAAGCAUUGCAACAAUGUGGCAUUCAGCCUGUUGAACUACAGCCAAAAGAGGGCUUGGGCCUGAUCAACGGGACAGCACCCUCUGCCGCCUUGGCUGCGUUGGUAAUUCACGAAGCGAACCAACUCGUUGUCCUUGCCCAAGGCCUUACUGCAUUCACAUCCGAGUGCCUACUUGGGAACGUUGAGUGGACAAACGAGUUCAUUCACAGGAUCCGACCUCACAACGGACAGAAAGAGGUGGCCGACAAUGUUCGCGACUUCCUCAAGUCUUCCAAGUAUGUAACCGGCCUGGAAGACAAGAAACGGACGGGCCAAGGUCUAUGGCAGGACAGAUACUCGACACGAACCGCGCCCCAGUGGAUGGGACCGUACUUGGAGGACCUCCAACUGGCCUAUAGGCAAAUCCAGACCGAGCUCAACUCGACAUCCGACAAUCCAGUUAUAGACAUAGGCGUCGGCAGCGAUGUGGCCGCAGGUGACGUGUACUCCGGAGGCAACUUCCAAGCCACCGCCAUCACCUCCGCCAUGGACAAGACUAGGACGGCGCUGCAGAUGAUCGGGCGUAUGCUCUUCUCGCAGUGCUCCGAGCUAAUCAACCCGGCCACGAACAACGGCCUCGAUCCGAACCUCGUCUUGGGAGACCCUAAUGUGUCCUAUACUAUGAAAGGCAUCGACGUCAAUAUGAGUGCCUACAUGUCGGAGUUGGCUGCGCUCGCGCACCCCAUCUCGUCUCACGUCCAGUCAGCCGAGAUGCAUAACCAGGGCAUCAACUCUCUCGCGUUCCUCUCAGGCCGCCGUACCAUGGAGGCUGUCGAUGUCUUAUCGCACAUGUGUGCCGCUCACCUCCUCGUGUGCUGCCAGGCAGCGGACCUGAGAGCCUAUCACGAGAAGUUCCUUUCCUUUGUGUCCUUGUCGACUUCCAUGACAAACCUGGCCUCGUUGUUGGACAAGGACCACAUGAGCAACGGUCAGACGACUAAGUCAACCAUGACAGCGGCUGGUUUUGACGAGCUAGUCAGAGUGUGGUGGUACGAGGCAAACAAAUCCAGCCAUAUCGAGCGCUGCUCGAUCGUUGCCUCCAAAGCCGCCUCCCACAUCAUGGACUCGAUAGCUCACGAUGGGUCUAGCUCCGUCUCGUUGAUGGAAAUCAUGGCCGUCCGAGACGUUUUCCGGCAAACCAUGGAAGCGUGGGUCGCCGACCCGUUCAAAAGACCCAACUCAGAGCACACAUACCCCGAAGGACUAGGCCAAGGUUCUGCAGCACUCCAAAGUCUCGUGCGCCAGGAGUUGAGAAUUGAAUUCCACCAAGGCUUGAGGGAAGGGCAGCACAGCACUAUUGGUACCAGCGUUUCAAAAAUUUACGAGGCAAUCCGCCAGGGCUCCGCCGUCCAGAGACUAUUGCCCUGCCUCUUUCACAAUGUGGAAGAUAUGAGAUCAUCCAUGUACGGACACCCGGAGUAUGGCAAAGAGCGGGCUCACGACAAUCUGAGUCACCUCCCACCGACAAUCCAGUACCUGCCGGCGAUGCUGGAAUAUGAGCAGGAACAAGAAAGAGUGAAGAGGAAGCGGGAGGAAUAG